UUACCUCCAUGCCAGCUCGAGGUGUUCUCCCGCCAUCUCCCCGCCGCCUCGUCGGCGUGGGGCACCCCGUCGCGGCUUCUCGAUCCAGCGAGGGAGAGAAGGAGCCCGAGUUGGUGGUGUCCGAGCAGGUCGUUCCAUGCCACAGCGAGGGUGAAUGCAAGGGAUUACUAUGGUGUGCUCGGAGUGAGCUCGGAUGCUUCUGCAUCAGACAUAAAGAAGGCAUAUUAUGGGCUUGCAAAGAAGUUCCACCCUGAUACUAAUAAAGAUGAUUCUGGCGCAGAAAAGAAAUUCCAAGAAGUUAACCGGGCCUAUGAGGUUUUGAAGGAUGAUGAUACGCGCGAAACAUAUGAUCAGCUUGGAGUUGAAGCUUAUGAGCGCCUAGCAUCAGGGGGUGGCCCAGAUGGUUCCCCUGAUAGCGGUGGGGACUUUGCUGGUGAUAAUCCAUUUAGUGAUAUUUUUACCGAUAUCUUUGACAGAGGAGGCCAAGAUGUCCAGGUUCCUGUUGAAUUGUCAUUCAUGGAAGCUGUCCAAGGAUGCAGAAAAACUAUUACAUACGAGGCUGAUGUUCUCUGUGGGACCUGCAAUGGAAGUGGCGUUCCACCUGGCACUAUACCUCAAACAUGUAAAGCUUGUAGAGGUGCUGGUGUGACAUUCAUCCAGAGGGGUAUGUUGAGUUUUGAAUCUACUUGUUCUCGGUGCGGUGGAAGCGGAAAAAUUGUGAAGAAUUUUUGCAAGACAUGUAAGGGCCAACAGCUUGUCAAGGGGAAAAAAUCAGUCAAGCUUGACAUAAUGGCUGGAAUUGAUGACAAUGAGACUAUAAAGGUUCGUGGUCAGGGUGGUGCAGAUGCGGAGCGCAAUAAACCUGGUGACCUUCUUUUGACUAUCAAGGUCAGAGAGGAUCCUAUCUUCCGUAGAGAAGGCAACCAUGUGCAUGUUGAUGCUGUUCUAAGCAUGGCCCAGGCUGUGCUAGGUGGGACUGUUACAAUACCUACCCUCACCGGAAAUGUUUCAGUCAAGGUUCGCCAAGGUACGCAACCAGGAGAGAAGGUUGUCCUACGGGGCAAAGGAAUAAAGGCGAAGAAUUCGUCAUCGUACGGGAACCAUUAUGUUCACUUCAACAUCAGAGUCCCAACGGAGCUGACACCACGGCAACGGGAGCUGAUGGAGGAGUUUGAUAAAGAGGAGAGCAACGACGUGGCGAGAGUUGCGGCUGCAUCUGGAUGAGAUUUUUAUGCUCCUCAUCGAUUGAUUGAUUAUUGGCACACAUAAUAAGUCAGAUAGCCUUGAAGGGCCUGGUGUACCCUAUAUGUCCCUAUCCUUGUUUGUAGGCGUUAGAUGGUGAGUUUUGCCCUGUAUAAUAUACACGUCACCAUAACUGAUAAGCCUAAAUUAUAUUGUAUAAGCAUCUGAUUUAUAUAUUCACCACUUCCUUGUGGUACCAUUGUAACAAGAGAUUAAGUUGGAACCGAUGGAAGCAACGUUUUUGGAUGAGAAUGUAUCAGCAUUUUUGUUA